AUGUUUACCCUUAUAAAUCUAUUUUUAGAUAGCAAUUAUAACUUGACAGUCAUCCCCACCCACUCUCUCUUUCACUCGCAUUUAUUCUCCCCAUUGCUACUACCCCUUUUUCCUUUCUCUCACCCAUUGCUACCCCCCUUUUCCUUUCUCUCACCCAUUGCUACCCCCUUUUUUUCCUUUCUCUCACCCAUUGCUACCCCACCCCUUUUUUUUUCUCUUCACCCAUUGCUACCCCACCCUUUUUUUUUUCCUUUCUCUCACCCAUUGCUACCUUUUUUUUUUUUCCUUUUCUCUCACCCAUUGCUACCCAAUUUUUUUUUUCCUUUCUCACCCAUUGCUACCCCACCCUUUUUUUCCUUUCUCUCACCCAUUGCUACCCCAAUUUUUUUUUUUUUCUCUCACCCAUUGCUACCCCCCCCUUUUUUUUUCCUUUCUCUCACCCAUUGCUACACCCCCUUUUUUUCCUUUUCUCUCACCCAUUGCUACACCCCCUUUUUUUUCUUUUCUCAUUCUCUUCCCCCCUCUCUGUUCUAUUCUGUCCUCCCCCCUCUCAGCAGGUGGGUAUUAUGCUUAGGUUUAAAUGAUGCCUCCAACAGCUGUGACUAUUGUCCAUUUAAUCAAUAG